GCCUGACAUUUCUUCUCCACUUUUGACCUGCAACUUGCGUUGUCUUCAGGUCGGUCACACAGAGGACCGACUCGGACGAUGACAUUCACGCAGCGCAACCUCUACUACCUCCGAGCCUCGCCCCACAUUGUCCUUCAGACGGUGCUGUACCUUGACCCAAAGCACCUGCGCUGGAUGAAUGCCUACUAUGGCGACGACGAGGACGACGAAAACGACGCGCAGCACCCCUCCGGCCGGUACCGCGGCGACCUCGUCCUGGCAAAGGCGCUGCAGGUCCUCAAGACUCGCAUCAUGCCCAAGCUCAGGAGAGAGUCCCAAGAGGGUGGUCCGCUGGGCUCGACGAACAAGAAGGAGCAGGUCGAUGUGCACGUAGACGUCGACUUCCAAAUGGCCUACUUUUUCAAAAAGGUCCCGGGGAGGCAUGCCGUCCUGCUCAAAGAAAAGGCAAUGAUGUUUCCUCAGGCUCCGAGCGGUCCGAUGGCACCGCCGGCUCUUCCGGCUUCAGCGGCAAGGAAGAGGAAGCAGGGUACAGAGCUGCCCCGGCCAUCGGACCUCGCUGCUCGACAGGGUCUCCAAGCGGGCGAGAGUGUCGUGGAAGAGGGCGCGGACGUGGCAGAGGGAAAUGAGCCAGAGACGGAUGGAGAUGGGGGGUCAGAAUCAUUGCGAAAGAGGAGAAGAGGGCUCGAGGUGAUGGGCAUCCGUGUCAAGGAGGAAGAUGACGAUGAGGUGCAGCCGCUCGGCGAGCUCAAUGGCGCCUUGGCCUCGACGUUCGUCAAGCAAGAGGAGGAGGAGGCGGCGGACGCAGCCCCACUUGAGAAUGAGCCCAUCGACCUCGGUGCCAAUGACGAUCCCGUCGACGACAAGAAACCAAAGAUCCACGUCAAGUACUCUGGCUUCAAGAUAUUUGGCAAGAUGCUGGUCCUGGUCAUUGAGCCGAGCCGGCAGAUGAAGAAGCGCGCGCCUGAGCUGUUUACAGUGCAGACAGCAACUUCCACGGCACAACAGCAGAUGCGACGGAUCAGCGAGACGCCGGUACCUUCCUCCUCACGAGGCCCGCCAGACGUUGCGUCGAUGCGAACACCCAGUCGAGCUCGCUCCUCGUUUCUGGAAGAUGAGGAUGAAGACGAGCACCCGCGCGACUCGAGGAACAUUAGUCGAACUCCAAUUCGAGGCUCAGCGCUUGGCAGAGGUCUUUUCCGGGGCACGCCCAGCGAGUACGAGGCCACGCCGACGCCGACGCCUGAGCCAGAGGGCAGGAGGAUCCAAGAUGCGCUGCAACCAGAGCGAGGCGAGGACGAGGAGCGCGAAGAAGAAGAAGACGAGGGAGGGGAAGAGCAAGUGGACCAAUCGGCAAGCUUCAUCCUUGCCAGCCAGAUGCUCGAGGAUGGCGUAGGCGGCGAAGGAAAUGACAUUGAUGACGACGCGGGCGACUAA